CCAGAGACAAGUUCUAUAAAAGGACUGUAGGUGGAACUGGCUACUUAUUCAUCCCAUUCUUUCCUUCUGCAGCUUCUUCCAGGUCCUACCUGAGACACUGAGCCAUGGCAUCCACAAAAUAUACUGUUGCUGAGGAAAGUAUCAAUGAAAUAAUCAAAAUCUUCCACAAAUAUUCCAGAAGGAACAAGGAUAGAGAUGCCUUAGAAAAGGAAGAGUUUGGAGGACUGUUGAAGAAUGAGGCCCCUGCGUUCAGUAAAUUUAUGGAAAAGAAUAAUAUCUCUCCGGAUGCCUUGUUCAAGAAGGCUAAUUUGGAUAAGAACGAGAGUUUGGAGUUUCAUGAAUUUAUGCUUGUGAUCAGCAUGAUAGCCAUAGAAAUGCAUGAUGAAUAUCACAAAGUUCAUGGCCCAGAAGGACCAAAUGGCCCAGAAGGUCCUGGCCACCACAGCCAUGACCACACACAUCAUCACCAGCAUUGAGAGGGAUUAGAGCCAGAACUAAAGCCAACCAGCCUUUGAAAAAUCUAGAAUGGAAAACCAUUGGAGCACUCAGUCCCUGACUAAUUUCUGGAUACUGAUGUAGAAUCAAUAAAAACCUCUCUUUU